AUUUGGACAUAAUAUUUUUUUAACAUGUGACGAUCAAGUCAAUUUGAUUUUUUCAUGGUUAAAUCGUGCUGAAAAGGUGGUACCCAAAUACAUCAUUGAAGACUUGCUCUCCACCAUAGAUUUUAGAUCAUGGAAUGCCACUAAGGCCAAUGUUAUAUAAAGCCCAUGUACAAACAAAAUAUUUCAUAACUCAUCUCUUCAUCUUCAUUCCAUCAAAAUGGCUCUCAAUCGUGCUGCUUUGACCUUCUUUGUCAUGACUUUAGUGGCGAUUUCAUCUGCCAGUGAUUCCUAUAGCCCUGCUACCGAAUAUAAGAAACCAUCUUACUCUCCCGUUUACCCCAUCACCUGAAUCACACCAUCGCCAGUGUACAAGUCCCCAGAGUACUCACCAUCUCCAGUGUACAAGUCCCCAGAGUACUCACCAUCUCCAGUGUACAAGUCCCCAGAGUACUCACCAUCUCCAGUGUACAAAUCCCCAGUAUACAAGUCCCCAGAGUACUCACCAUCCCCAGUAUACACGUCUCCAGAGUACUCACCAUCUCCAGUAUACAAGUCUGCAGAGUACUCACCAUCCCCAGUAUACAAGUCCCCAGAGUACUCACCAUCCCCAGUAUACAAGUCCCCAGAGUACUCAGCAUAUCCAGUAUACAAAUCUCCAGAAUACUCCCCAUCUCCUGAAUACAAGGCCCCAGUAUACGAGGCACCAGUUUAUAGCCCAUCCCCUGUAUACAAGUCACCAGUAUACUCUCCAUCUCCAGUAUAUGAGACACCAGUUUACAGUCCAUCCCCUGUAUAUAAGUCACCUAUAUACAGCCCAUAUCCAGUAUACAAGACACCAGUUUACAGCCCAUCCCCCGUUUAUAAGUCACCUGUAUACGCCCCAUCUCCAGUAUACAAGGCACCAGUUUACAGCCCAUCCCCCGUCUACAAGUCACCUGUAUACACCCCAUCCCCGGUCUACAAGUCACCUGUAUACACCCCAUCUCCAGUAUACAAGACACCAGUAUACAGCCCAUCCCCCGUCUACAAGUCACCAGUUUACAGCCCAUCCCCCGUCUACAAGUCACCUGUAUACACACCAUCUCCAGUAUACAAGGCACCAGUUUACAGCCCAUCCCCCGUCUACAAGGCACCAGUUUACAGCCCAUCUCCAGUAUACAAGUCACCAGUAUACAGCCCAUCACCCGUCUACAAGUCACCAGUUUACAGCCCAUCACCGGUAUACAAGUCACCCGUAUACACUCCAUCUCCAGUAUACAAGGCACCAGUAUACAGCCCAUCCCCUGUCUACAAGUCACCGGUGUACAGUCCAUCCCCCAUCUACAAGUCACCCGUAUACAGCCCAUCUCCAGUAUACAAGUCACCAGAUUACAGCCCAUCUCCCGUUUACAAGUCACCUGAAUACCCACCAUGUGUAGCAUACAAGUCACCAGAUUAUAGUCCAUCUCCAGUGUACGAGUCACCAAAAUACACCCCAUCUCCUAAAUACAGCCCAUCUCCCGUGUACAAGUCACCAGUUUAUACCCCAUCUUCUGAAUACAAGACACCUGUAUACAGUCCAUCACCCAUAUACAAGUCACCAGUAUAUACCCCAUCUCCAGUAUACAAGGCACCCGUUUUACCCAUCCCCCGUGUACAAGUCACCAGUGUACUCUCCAUCUCCAGUAUACAAGGCUCCCGUUUACAGUCCAUCCCCCGUGUACAAGUCACCAGUGUACACUCCAUCUCCAGUAUACAAGACUCCAGUAUACAGCCCAUCACCCAUCUACAAGUCACCUGUGUACACCCCAUCUCCAGUAUACAAGGCACCAGUUUAUAGUCCAUCCCCUAUUUACAAGUCACCAGUAUACUCCCCAUCUCCAGUAUACGAGGCACCAAUUUACAGCCCAUCCCCCGUGUAUAAGUCACCUGUGUACACCCCAUCUCCAGAAUACAAGGCCCCAGUAUACAGCCCAUCCCCUGUUUACAAAUCUCCAGUUUACACCCCAUCUCCAGUGUACGUGUCGCCAGUAUAUAGCCCAUCCCCUGUGUACAAGUCACCAGUAUACACUCAAUCUCCAGUAUACAGUCCUUCCCCGGUAUAAAGUCACCAGUGUACACUCCAUCUCCUGAAUACACCCACCAGUAUACAGCCCAUCCCCUGUUUAUAAGUCCCCUGUUUACACCGCAUCUCCAGUAUACACCCCAUCUUCAGACUAUAAGGCACCAGUUUACAGCCCAUCUCCUGUAUACAAGUCACAAGUUUACACCCCAACUUACGAGACUCCUACAUAUUCUCCAAGCCCUUCAUAUGGCUAUUAAGAGAAUUACACUACUAAGUGACUGUUUUAUUUGGCAUUAUAUUAAUAUUUCUCCCAUUGAGGGCUUAAGUUGGUUAAAUUGAGAUUCGUUUCUAUUGUAUUUCUUUAUUCAAUAUAUUAAUAAUACAUAUUUUCUGUUUUUUU